UGUGUAACACUUGGUAGGAACUAAUUUUAUUGAACAUCACUAUAAAUAAAAUUCAUCAAUUUCAUCAUUCAUCAUUGAUUGUUGGUAAACAUUCGUUGCUAAACAGCACUUCUCAUAAUAUCAUGUUUUAAAGCGAAAAAACUUUUAUAUAAACUGGGUUAUGCAGCCGAAAUGACGGUAUCUCAAACGGAAAUAUCCUUACCUGUGCCGGUGCUGGAAUCGGAUCUAAUCGCGCAUGUAUCAUCGGAUGAAAGGGUGUUCUAUAAAAGUCAGCAAGUGAAUGAUCCGGAACUCACAAUCCUAGAGAAACGUGACAUUUUAAAACGAGUACUGGACACAAGCUACACAACGUUUCUGUCCCGGUUUGGAUUAUUUAUCAAGGAAGAUCAUUUGAGGUUUUUUGAACAGGAGCAGCAAGUGAGCGGAUAUAGCCCUGAUGAACGGUAUGAAGUGGACUAUUAUUUGGAGAAAAUUAGAAAAUCGCUGCACGGAGGACGAGAAAGGGACAUCCGCAAUAGGAGAUAUGCGGCGUUGAAGCAGAUGAUACACGAGGGAAACUAUUUCAGCGAAGUGGAAAUGAUGCAACGUGAACCCUUGAUAUACGAACAAUUGGUGGGUCAAUAUCUAACAGAAAACGAGAAGAAAGCUAGAGAUGCGACUGGGACAAAAAAUGACAGCUUAGUUACUAUCCUGUAUAACGGGAUAGAUAAGGAAAAUGCUGACCUUUUGAGGAAAGAGCAAGAGACUGAAGAGAAGCAGAUGGAUGAGGAAGUAGAUGAUGAUGGCGAUGAGGAUAGUCAUGAGACGAGAGAUUCACCUGGAUUUUCAUUGGCUCAAUGGGGAAAUUUUGAUUUAGAAGAAGAAGAACGACAGAAAAGCCGUCAAUUAGAGCAGGACGCGCAUCAACGGAAGAAGAAAUAUUCCACUCCUGUUAACAUGUUAACUGCCGGAGAAAGGACAUUGCUAAGGGACGAAUUCCUAGGAACUAUGUAUUCUAAAUUUAUAUCUGGAGAAGACAAGGAUUUCGAUUAUUCAAAAAUCGAUGAAAGCACAGAGUAUGAUAAUUUGGAUAUCGUCGAGCAGGAUGAACAGGAAAAAUACUUCGACACAGAAGAUGUGGAAGAAUCAAACGAGAUAACUGAAAGCAUGCAGCACGAUAAUAGCGAAGAAGAUGAUCUGGAUGUGUACAUGAGGCAUAUUAAUCAGCAUUUGGAUAAUCAGAAAAAAAUGGGUCAAAUGAACCAUACAGUUAAAAAUGAUAUUUGUGAAUAUGAUAGCGAUUGAACAAUU